GUUAGCAGCACCAUGUGUGACUGAGAAGAACAUCUCUGAUUGUUGCAUACAGCAUUUUAUACGGGACAUUUAAGUUUUUUGGCACGCUUACUCUGUUCGUCGAAGUUUACGAAGAGUUACAAUUACCGGCUGUUUAAUGAACGUAUCUCGCGAUAUUUUUUCUCAGCUGAUGGAGCAGGUUGCAUGCCGACGCUGCUGCAGGAACCUCUGAUGAGUUUUUUUAGCUUGACAUGUUUAAAACAAGACCACUGUUAAGUGCCUUAGUUAACUACAGACAGUUGUUAGAGACAAACGUGCUAUAUUUACAGGUUUAAAGUUAUUGUGCACAAUGAGUGAAGAAGCCAGAGAUCAAGAGACAGCCAAGCUGUUAAAAAGGCCAAAUGAGGUGAAUGAGGACUCAGCUGAGAGCGCCACGAAGAGAAUAAAAGCAGAAGGGGAGCACAAUGAAGAUGACAAGAGGUUCCCAAAGAAGAAAGUGGUCCUUCUUUUGGCAUAUUCUGGAAAGGGAUACUAUGGCAUGCAGAGAAAUCCUGGAAACUCCCAGUUUAGAACGAUUGAAGAUGAUCUGGUCACUGCUCUAGUUAAAUCUGGUUGCAUUCCUGGAAACCACGGUGAUGACAUGAGGAAGAUGUCCUUCCAAAGAUGUGCCAGAACAGACAAGGGUGUUUCUGCUGCUGGUCAAGUGGUUUCACUGAAGCUCCGUUUGAUUGAGGACAUAAUAGAAAAAAUCAAUGAGAAUUUACCACCACAGAUCAGGGUGCUUGGGCUCAAGCGAGUGACCCAGGGAUUUAAUUCCAAAAAUAACUGUGAUGCCCGUACGUACGCCUACAUGCUCCCAACUGUAGCCUUUUCUCCUAAAGACUAUGACACCGAGAACAUAGCGGCAUUUCGUCUAGCAGCAGAGACUCUUCAGAAGGUGAACCAACUUUUUGCCCUCUACAAAGGCACCCAUAACUUCCACAACUUCACCUCCCAGAAGGCUCCAAGUGACCCCAGCGCCCGCCGCUACAUCACAGAGAUGUCCUGCGGAGAGCCUUUUGUCCGCAACAGCUACGAGUUUGCUGUGAUCACCGUGCGAGGCCAGAGCUUUAUGCUGCACCAGAUUCGCAAGAUGAUCGGCCUGGUGAUCGCAGUGAUCAGAGGCUUCGCCAAGGAGGAGGUGAUGGAGCGAAGCUGGGGUCAGGAGAAGGUGGACGUCCCAAAAGCUCCGGGACUCGGGCUGGUACUCGAGAGGGUUCACUUUGAUCGGUACAACAAGCGCUUCGGAGGGGACGGUCUGCAUGAGCGGCUAGAGUGGGAUCGCGAGGAGGAGGCGAUCAAGGCCUUCAAAGAGGCUCACAUAUAUCCUACCAUUGUCAAGACGGAAUGUGAGGAGGGCUCCAUGCUCAGCUGGAUGGCCACACUUCCCAGCCAUGACUUUGAAGCAACAGUUACUGGAACACAAGACAAUAAGGACCAAAAACAGGAGAAUGCAGAUGAAGGGAACGGCUCCGAUUAGACCGUCUGUGGAGAGACGCCUUUUUUAUUUUUUAUUUUUGGUAUUAUCUCUGAUUUUUUGUUUUAAAUAUUAAGAACAAUUAUGUUUAACAACUGGCAUAAUAAAAUAAUUAUCAAUUAUCUAA